CCUGUUCUUGUCUCUGCUGUCUUCCAGAUGACCCAGGAGCAGUAUAUUCUUGCAGCGCAGCCCAACCCGCUCCACCAGAGGGAAGCGUCCGUGUGCGGUGCCCCGGUGUACCCGGCUGUGGGCAUCUAUGGCUGGCGGAAGAGGUGCCUCUACUUCUUCAUCCUGCUCCUCCUCGUCACCAUGAUCGUCAACCUGGCUCUGACCAUCUGGAUCCUCAAAGUCAUGAACUUCACUCCAGAUGGGAUGGGCAACCUGCGUGUGACCAAGGAUGGGUUGAGACUGGAAGGCGUGUCUGAGUUUCUACUGCCGCUAUAUGUCAAAGAGAUACACUCACGUCGGGACAGUCCUCUGGUCAUCCAGUCUGACAGGAAUGUAACAGUCAAUGCCAGGAAUGACCUGGGACAACUGACCGGUCAACUCACCGUGGGAUCUGAGAUGGUGGAAGCCCAGUGUCAGAGGUUUGAGGUCAGAAGCACGGAUGGGGAGAGAGUCCUUUUCUCUGCCGAUGAACAGGAAAUCAGCAUCGGCACCGAGAAACUCAGAGUCACAGGGGAUGAAGGAGUUGUGUUUGGUCACUCUGUAGAGACAUCACAUGUUAGGGCGGAACCAUUCCAGGACCUAAAGCUGGAGUCCCCGACACGGACCCUGACCCUGGAGGCCCCCAAGGGUAUUGAGGUGAGUGCUGGGGUUGGAGACUUCAAGGCCUCCUGUAGGAAAGACCUCUUGCUGCAGUCCUCAGAGGGAGAGAUCUUUCUAGACGCUAACACCAUCAGACUGGGAAGUAUUCCCCAUGGCAGUGCCGUGGAUCCCCUGGAGGGGGCGCCGGCGGGAACUACCUACACCAAACAAACUGUGUACGAGCUGUGCGCCUGCGCUAAUGGCAAACUCUAUCUAUCUCCAGCCGAGAAGGGCUCCACCUGCCAAACCACCAGUAACUUCUGUUUGUGGAGCUGA